GGGAAACUGAUAUGAAAACUCCAAAGCCUUCAACUUUGCUCUCACCGCAGUCCACACCUUCUUCAGGGGGAAAAAAGAGAGGCAGACAGCCAUGGUAAGGAUCAAGGUACACGAGUUGAGGAACAAAUCAAAGACAGAGCUGUUGAGCCAACUCAAAGACUUGAAAGCUGAACUUUCUCUCCUUCGUGUAGCUAAGGUCACUGGUGGUGCCCCCAACAAGCUCUCCAAGAUUAAGGUGGUGAGGCUAUCGAUUGCACAAGUGUUGACCGUGAUAUCCCAGAAGCAGAAGGCUGCAUUGAGGGAAGCCUAUAAGAAGAAGAAGUUUUUGCCUCUUGAUCUUCGUCCCAAGAAGACCAGAGCUAUUCGCCGCCGCCUUACCAAGCACCAGCAAUCUUUGAAAAUAGAGCGGGAGAAGAAGAGGGAGAUGUACUUUCCAACGAGGAAGUAUGCCAUUAAGGGUUAAGCUUGGCAUUUAACUUGGGAAGGGUACCUUGUGUUGGAUCUGAAGUGCCUACUCAAGGAUAUUUUUUAAAUUUUGUGUUGUUGAAUUUUAUUUUCUUCAUAUUUAUUCCUUUUUACCCUCAACUUUCUCACCAUAAAAUUAAGGUGGACAAGGUUGGAUGGAUGAACCUCCACAAUUUUCAUAUGUGCUAACUAUUCAUUAUGAUUAACAAUCUAGUUUGAUUUCUAUCAUUAUGAAUCAAACGUAAUAUAUUGGUGAUGUCAAAAAAUAUGAGA